GUAUAUUUUGAGUCCAGAUUGGCGCCCGAGCUAACAUAAGAACAACCUAAUCUGUAGUUGUAUUGCCAACGAUUUAACGACUUCAUACCUACUCUUUCCCCCCAGCACCAACAAACGACUCGAGCUAUAUUUAUGAUAAUGUGCAAUGAUAUACGAGCUUAAAAGAGAAUAGCACUUACCUGAGGGAAGCAAACAUUUGUUUUCUGCUAGCAAGAUAGACUUUGCUAUGAGUGGAGAUCAACCGACUCCAAGGCAAGACACUUCCACUACUUCCAAUAUCCCUUCCCUAAGUGUCUCGGUGCUGAUACCAGUUUGCAGCUUUGGCGAUCCAAACGCUCAGCCUCCCACUCCAAAACAGACCCCAACGUCUGCUGCCUUCCCAAAUUCUGUCUUCGAAACCCCCAAGAACAACCGAGCCUCCUUCGACGAGUCAUCUGGCUGGACUCCUCAGUUUGCCGAAGAAUAUUCCGUCUUCAACUCUACUCCCGGCAACUUGAAGGGCUCCUCGCACCCUCACUUUGCCGACUUUUCUAUCUCUACGCCCUUUCAGCCUUCAAAUCAUAAGAGGCCCCUGUCUACCGAUAGUAUCGCUGCCGAAAUUGCAACUCAUGUUACCCACUUCUCGCCGAACCCAAACCUUUUACCGCCCGUUGAUCCGUCUAGGCGGGUGCCUUCUUCUCCCAACCCCUUAGUGACCGGCCAAAGUCCGACCGAAGCGGGUUUCCGGAAUAGUUCGCAACAGCUGUCUAAGAAGCUUUGCAGAGACACGGCGCAAGAGGUUAAGGUCCAGACGGCCACACCGCCUCCGUCUGCUCACAAGGGACAGCGCCGACUUGCACCAAAGCUGCAGGCGGACACCAUGCAAAAUGAUGGAUUCGAACAGGAGUUCGUAGCUGGCACACCGCAGCAGCAACAUAUGUCAAGCUUCAUGUCAACCACCCCUAUCGACAUGUUCGGAUACCCAAUGUCAGCUCCAGCUGCGGCCUCGAGCUUUGGAGACUCGCGCAUGUUUUGGGACACUGAUAUGAGUGGAAUGGACCUUGACUUCUCGACUACCGGCGCAAAUGUGUUCCAGACUUCUGGCCACCGACCCAUGAGCUCUCAGGACUGGGGCAAGUCCAACGAGAUAUUUCAAGAGACCGGCGCAAUCCCCCCACAAAGUCAGGAGAAUAACCAACCGGCGAAGAAGGAACGGGCGCUUGCGCCAAAGCCCCCGGCUCCAAGCUUAGACACAAGCGUUGCAGAUUCAUCAAUGUUUAGCUCAUCGUUCCCUGCUUCUGCCGACGACUCUUUUGCUAUGAUGAAUCAUGGUGGUGUGGAUCCCGGUCUUCUUUUCACCAGACCGCCGUCCUCGAACAUGGAGCCUGCUCCUUUCAAUCCCAUGUCCCAGCCUCCCUUGAUGCAGUCCUUUUCACAACCCGAGCCCGAGCCUGUCACGUUAGUCGCAAAACCGCCAAAGCGUGGGCCGGGUCGUCGCACAGCUAGCACCAAAGAGCUCAAAACCGGUAAGAAGGCAACUCGAGUGUCCGCUAGCUCGCCUAUCAAACCGUCCGACCGCCCUGGUCUGUCGCGUAGUUUUAGUGAGAAGAUAACUCGGAAACCCGUCAGCGAGACAGCCAGCUUGCCUAGUCUCGCGCCAGCUGCGCGACCUGUGCCACAGAACACCGGGAGGUCAGCGUCGCAAGGAUCAGGGCCGAACGGGAGGGUAUCGCCGCUGAAAAAUCAACCCCACCGACUGCCCAGUCUUUCUUCUAUUCCCGAAACACCGGCUCCACGAACUCAGACGUCAGUCAAGUUCACAAUAGACUCUAGGGGUCGAGCUCGGGCAGAGACAACGACAAUCGUUCUAGACGACGAUGAUAAUACGCCCACAGUAGUACGCCGCCGGAAAGAACAGCGAGGCAAAGGGAAAAGUUGGGCAUCUUCUGAAGAUGAAGAGUCGUCUACGGACGAUGAGCCUAUCAUAAUUCCCAGCCGGAAUCCGUCCUUCUCGUUACCACAACCACGGAGACCAUCGACACACUCUUUCCAUUCUUCCCAGCGGAGCCUUAGCGACCAGAGCACUAGUAGCCUCGGAAUUUACUAUAAUGAACCCAACCCUAUCGAUCAUGGUGGUGAAAGCGAAGCUGAGACGGUAAUGAAUAUGGCAAGCGGCGACAAUCUCGGUGACGCAGCAAGCGAGCUGCGCAAGGUCAUGGAGAGCCGGCAGAAGCGGCCGUCCAACCUGAAUAACAGCUUUACAUCACGGGCGGCGUAUAGCUCAUCAGCAACGCCCGCCUCCACAAAGACUAACGAUCGCCGUACCCCUUCUGCUGACCGUGGCCGCCGGAUCCGAUGCGUUUGCAAUGCGAAUAGUAGCCACUCCAUCGGAAACAGUUAUAUGGUUCAAUGGUAGCCUCUUCCUCUCCUUUCACCUCUUGUGUAGUCAAGGUAUACGAUAGCGUCAAAAACCGUAACUAAUCCCAUUUUAGUGGAUCGUGUGAUUUGUGGCUUCAUGGCAAAUGCAUCAACAUCACUCGACAAAGCCAGCCUAGUGUUUAUAUCUGCGCGUUCUGC